GAACCGAAUCAGGGCGGCGCGAACCGGACCACGUGGACAUGUAGUUGGCGGGAUGUAAACAAACCAACACCUGAUCGGGCACCGGUAUUUGUGUUUUAGUGUUUACCCUUGACGAGAGACGGACAACCACGUGAAUAAAGAAACUAGAAACACCACUGAUGGCCCUGCAGCAGUGUCUCUCAAGGGGGAGGAAGGUGGUGCUGACAAACCUCCUCCCCAGAAGCUCUACACAGUUCCGACACUUGUUCGGUGUGGGAUUACCAGACAGGACACAUAUAUGGAAUGGUGUAGAUGAAAGCAUGUUUACUAAUGGUCACCAAAAAAAUAGCAGCAUUGCCAGUACAAAGCGGCAGUGCUUCAAGACACUGAGUUGUAACUAUUCAAAAAUGGGUAAAGACAGAGAAUUCUUGAAGAGCAGUGUACAGGAUGAUGAUAUUAAUGAUGAUGAUGAUGAUGAUGAUGAUGAUAUUGAUGAUGACAGUGAUUAUGUUGAUGACGAGACUGACAACAAUGCUGUCAGUCCUGUAGAGUGCGCCAAAAUAGAAUUCCAGUUGGAGGAAAUAUUCAUCAACAAAAAGGAGAUGUCAAGUAAAGAAUGGGAGGAGACAAUUGAAUUAAUGUCCCGUGUGAAUUCGUCUGUAUCUGCAAAGACUUGUGAUGCAAUAACCAUGAAGAGGUGUCUUAGGCAGGAGAACUACAGCCUGGCCACCUCAUACAUGGAGCACCUUCAGCGGCAGGGACGUGAGCCGAACCUGUCCACCCUGGGGAGCUACCUGCAGCUGUGUGGGAGACAAAUAGACCAGUGUGGGGAAGACCGAGUGCUGGAGCUCUACCACAAACUUAUGAGUCAGGUUAAAAUACUUGAUGUCAGGCUGGCCAGAAAUGUCAUUCUGGGACUGACAGCCACCCAGGAAUGGCGCAAGGCCCUGCACCACCUGCCUAAGUUCAGGAAGAUGGUUACUUCACUGGAGGAAGUGUACAGCGCCAUCAUCACGGCAGCCUUCAGGACGGGCGAGUAUGAGCUGGGCUGGCAGUACCUUGCAGACCUUAGAGAACAGAAUCAGAUCCCUCUGGACUCUGUGUUUCUGCAAUGGGUGAAGCAGUGCGAGGCAGCGGAGAGCAAGGCAGACAAGGAAGCAAUGGCAUUCACCCUCCUUCAGAAACUGGAGAGCCAUGAGGUGUACCCAAGUGUGGCUGUGAUGAAAGAAAUAACUCAACUCUUCAGGGAUGGACUGGGAUGGUCAGCACACUACUUGAAGAUGAACAAGAGAGGGGUGUGUCCAGUCUGCAGACACCAGCUGGACACCAAGGCAGUGAAUGAAGAAGAGUUUAGGAAUCUGCAGGAGGAGUUUGUGCCUCGGGUGCUGGUGAGGUCUGACAUCUUCCGCUCCACUAGCCCCAAGGAGUGGGAGGAUUUUAAGGAAUAUGUGGAGGAGAGGAAGCCCUUCUCUCUUGUGGUGGAUGGGCUCAAUGCUUCUUACAUCCUCAACAAGAAGGGUGAUCAAUUUCGACAUAAGUCUCUGGAGGAGGUGGUGGCUCAGGCAAUUGGCUAAUAAAUCAAGAAGCCGCAUUCUGGUACUGGGACGGCAGCACAUGCAGAAAUGGCUCAAGAGGAUGCGAUGGAACAGGCAGAUGGUGGACUUCUAUACACUCAAUAACAUGACUAAGGAUGAUGGCUUCUUCCUCUAUGCUGCCCUGCAGUCUGGCCUUGGCACCAAGUUUGUCACCAAUGCAGCGCCAUAUGACCCACUUGUGGUGCCUUCAGUGAGCCACUUUUCCCUCCAGUGACAUGCUGCGAGACCACUUGUUCCGCCUGGGCGAGGGACCGCUGCGUGACGCCUUCAGGAGAUGGCAGAGGACCCACCAGGUGAUGGCUUACUCCUCUGCUGGCUGCGUCCGUCUUGCGUCCCCAGCCAAGUUCACCACGGUGGCUCAGGCGUGGCAAGCUGGCGGGGUGGGCGGCUGGCACGUCCCUUAUGAUGACGGAGCGCCACGCCAGUCUUAUGAAGUGCCCCCCACCUGGCUCUGCCUCCACCCGGCUCUCGCCCUGCCAUCACCUCUACCUCUCGUGAGCCGCGAACCGCUAACCCACAGCAGGAGCAAGAAUACCACUAACCCUUAUGAGCGCCUUAUUUCCGCUAAGGACAGCAGGGGAUGUGAUGAGGAACGAGGGUACGGGACGUCGACGCGUGGAAUGACAAAACAACGAAGACAACAGCAAAGGAGCGAUGAGAUAGAAGGGUAUUCCAAGGUCAAUAAUUUCUUUUAUAAUGUUCCCACUCGCGUAUCUCCUUCUCGCCCAAGUCAGUUUCCUCCUAAAAGGCAAAAAGCGGAAAAAGCUGUUGGGAAAGUUUACUUGAACACGAUAUUUUCAGAUGGCAAGAGUAGGUCGUAGUGAUGCAGUACGGUUAAUAAUGGCGUAGCAAGGGAUAAUAUGCGUAUGUGUACUUUAUAUUACUUUCUUUCGCUAUGUAAAGAUUUCUACGAGGUUACUGACAAUAAUGAUGUACAGUUGAUAAGAUAAGUGAAAGAUAACGUAGGUGUGUAUAUUCAGCCUGUUGGUCCAUACAUAACGAUAACGUAUUGUUUAUUUUAUUUUAUUUUAUUUUUAUUUAUUUAUUUAUUUAUUUAUCUUUUUGUCACUUGACCAGAGAAGAAAUACCACAUGGUUAUCUUUUUUUAUAUAUAUACUUUUAUCGAUGAAAGGAAAGAGAUAAUAGUGUAAUAUUUUUUUUUUCGCUGUAUUGAUCAGAAUAAAGAGAUGACAUCAUUA